AUGAGCGAACAAGAACGCAAGCUGUUUGAACUGCGAAAGAAACAACGACGGGCGCGGGAAGCCGCACUUCUCGCGGCGCGGCGCCUCCGCCCGCGGACGCGCAUCGCGCCCACGACGCUCGCGAUCAUGCAGCGCGACGAGAUCGCGAAGAGAAAGCGCGACGACGGCGAGCACCUGCCCGAGGAGGAGCUCGACCGCGUGUACGGAGACGGCGAGGCUCUGAAGGAACGCCGGAGGGCUGGAGGGCUGAACGCUCUCACCAACGGACUGGCGAGAAGGGGAGAUCUGAACAAGCUGCGGUGGGUGCACAUGCACGGUUACGCCCGAUUCAGCUGGUACGCGUGCAGGAAUGCCGCCGAGGGCGGUCACCUCCACGUCCUCGAGUGGCUGCACUCGGUGAACUGCCCGUGGACUGCAAAUACUUGCGAAAAAGCCGCAAAGGGGGGACACCUUGAAGUCCUCAAGUUUGCAGUAGCGAACGGGUGCGAGUGCGGCGAUGUCCUUGAAAUUGCUUUUCGUAGCAAUCGAUUUGACAUUUUUCAAUGGGCGUGCGAGAACGGGUGCAAGCCGCAUGCGGGUGCUAUAGACGCGGCCGUUUAUGCGGGCCGCCUUGAUAUCGUCAAGAUUUUGCAUGAGCUCGGGUGCAAGUGGGGGCAAAAUGCCAUUGAUUGUUGGACGGCUGCAUGUAUGGGAAACCUCGAAAUCCUCAAGUGGUUACAUGAGCAUGGCUGCCCGUGGAAAAGUGAUACUGGUGAUUGUGCAAACCGUUUUAAGCACUGGGACUGCCUCAAGUACGCGAUCGAGAACGGCUGCCCCGGGUCCGAGAAAUACGUGGACAAACUCCCUCCCGAGUAUCGCGCGUGA